AUGCUUUCACUCCGGAAAAUGGUCUGGGGAUGGUUUUGUUGCUCCUCCGAAGAACAACCCAGGAUCCGUCCAAACAAGAACAGGGAUUAUCCAUGGGAGAUGUACACUCUGAAAGAGCUUCUUCAUGCAACUAACAACUUCCAUAAUGAUAACAAGAUUGGUGAAGGCGGGUUUGGAAGUGUUUACUGGGGUCGGACAAGUAAAGGCAUAGCAGUGAAAAGGUUGAAGGCCAUGAAUGCAAAAGCGGAGAUGGAAUUUGCCGUGGAGGUGGAGAUACUCGGAAGAGUAAGACAUAAGAAUUUGUUAGGUCUGAGAGGGUUUUACGCUGGUGGAGAUGAAAGGCUUAUAGUCUAUGAUUAUAUGCCUAAUCAUAGCUUAAUUACCCAUCUGCAUGGGCAGCUUGCUGCCGAUUGCCUGCUAGAUUGGUCACGAAGAAUAAGCAUAGCCAUAGGAUCUGCAGAGGGAUUAGCCGCCAAAAAACCCAUUGAAAAGCUUCCCGGAGGAGUAAAGCGCGAUAUCGUGCAGUGGGCUACUCCAUAUGUACAGAGGGGUGCCUAUGAUCAUAUUGCAGACCCAAGGUUGAAGGGCAAGUUUGAUCGUGCACAGCUGAAAAUAGCGAUAAUUGUGGCGAUGAAAUGUACAGAAAGCAAUCCAGAGAACCGGCCGAGCAUGUUGGAGGUUGUGGAGUGGCUAAAGCGUGGUAUAGCGGGGAGGAAGAAAGAGAUGUCAUUAAUGGUGAAAGACAUUGUUGAUGAAAAUGAAGACGACAAAGACAAUGACGAUGAUGGUGGUACGGAUUAUGAGGGGUUUGGAAUGGAAAAAAUUGCACCCAGAGCGGCACCAAGAAGGAAAAGAAUGCAAAAUAAUUGA